UUUCUUUCACUCUCACUUCUCUUUUUUCCUUUUUCUUGGCAGCAAGCCCCUGCCCGCCUCACUGCCGUGACGUCACGAGUGUUUCUGUGGUGUAGUUGCUGCCCGACGCACGAACGUAAAGGCGAGCGGCAGUCUUUGCUUUGCGAUAGAGCCGGGAGGCUCUGGCCAAAACGACUUAGUCGGAGGAAGGCGGACUGUUACCGUUGAGCAGAAUAGAAUUCACUCCACGUGGGCCAGAGCCCAGUGACACCCUUGCUGGGAAGGGCAAUGGAAAGAUGGACAUCGUGGCUCCUUCGGCUGUCACUGCUUCCACAGAUUCUACAGAUCCUGGCUGCUCUGCGGUCCCCCUGGACAAAGAGGACUAUGUGUUUGUUGAGAGGAAGCACUCCAGCAAGGUCCUGAAGGGCCUGAACAGUUUGCGCUUGAACAAUGCCUUUUGUGACGUGAUCCUGUGUUGUGGGGGACAGGAGUUUCCGUGCCACCGGAUUGUCCUUGCUUCCUUCAGCUCGUACUUCCAAGCAAUGUUCUCCACGGACCUGAUGGAGUCCAAGCAGGAGCGGGUUGCUAUUAACGGAGUGGAACCCCAGAUGAUCAGUAUGCUGAUUAACUAUGCCUACACAGCUGAGGUGAUCAUCACCAAGGCCAACGUCCAGGCCUUGUUGGCCGCUGCCAACCUUUUAGAUAUCAUGGCAGUGAGGGAAGCCUGCUGCAAGUUCAUGGAGCGUCAGAUGGAUGAGCUGAACUGCGUUGGCAUCCACUGCUUUGCCGAGGCGCAUGCCUGCACCGAACUGGUGUGCAAGAGUAUGGAGUUCAUACUGCAGCACUUCAGCACGGUAUGCAGGCAGGAGGAGUUCCUGUCGCUCUGUGCCGACAAGCUGACCGAAAUCAUCGCCAGCGACGAGCUGAACGUGGAAAAGGAGGAAACCGUUUUUGAGGCAGUCAUGCUGUGGCUCGAGAAGAAUGCCGACAGGCAGCAUGCGUUUGAGAAGGUAUUGGAGCACAUUCGAUUGCCUCUGAUUAGUCCUUACUACAUCCACGAUGUCAUCGAAACCCAGCCAGUUAUUAAAGAGUCCCUGCCGUGCCAAAGGCUCAUCUCGGAGGCGAAGGAUUACCUGUUGCUUCAAGACCGGAGAGGGGAGCUCUAUGGACCACGUACCCGACCACGAAGAUCGACAGGAACUUCAGAGGUGAUCAUAACAGUUGGAGGAGAAGAUGACAAAGUUGUGCUGCGCAGCGUGGAGAGCUUCGACACCAUAACAAACCAGUGGAGGUCCCUCUCUUGCCUGCCUUUUGCUGUCAGCAAGCAUGGACUUGUAGUUUCAGGGUCCAUUCUGUAUCUGGCCGGUGGUGAAUUCCCAGAUGGAUCUGCAAGUAGAGAGAUGUGGCGUUAUGACCCUUGCUUUGAUACUUGGCAAGAAAUGGCUCCCAUGAACAUUGCUCGCUCCGAGCUGGGUUUGGCAAUGCUGGAUGGAUUUGUCUUUGCAGUUGGAGGCUGGGAGGGCCACUCAAGGCUCGAUUCUGUGGAGUGCUACAAUCCCCAUAUCAACAUGUGGCAUUUUGUGGAGUCGAUGAAGAUGGCAGUUACAAGUCCUGCAGUUGUGGCUUUAGACGGAUUGCUCUAUGUGACUGGGGGCGCUGUUUUGGAAGAUGGAGAUGGAAUGGAUCUAGCUCAAGUUUACAAUCCCAAAACGUGUGUGUGGACAGAAGUGGCUUCAAUGCAGAUUGCCAGAUCAGGCUCCGCAGCUUGUGUGCUGAAGGGGAAAAUUUACGUUAUUGGUGGGUGGCAUGCGUCAACAGAAAACACCGACAAAGUAGAGUGCUACAAUCCCAAGACAAACAGGUGGACCAUGUGUGCCCCAAUGAAGGAACGCAGAUAUCGACCAGGUGUAGCAGUGGUAGAUGGGAAGAUCUAUGUGCUGGGGGGAGAGGAAGGCUGGGACAGGUACCACGAUACCAUUGAGCGGUACUGUGACGAGACGGACAGCUGGGAAAUCAUUGGGGAAAUGCCAACAAGCCGCAGCUGGCUGAGCUGCGUCUCCCUUCAGGUGCGGAAGGAUGCCCGACCUGGCCGACCGUGCAGCGAUUCAGAGAGGGAAUACUCUGUGGACUGAGCGGGCAGUCACCCGACCCCGAAAGGACACAGUCCUGCCCAUGUUUGUUGUGGAAGCUGCAGACAUCCUCUUUUGGCAGGCGACACAUACGGUAUGUGCCAAAACUGAGGUUGGAGGUCUUCUGUGCUUGUCCCGUUAACGCACAAGGAAUGGGCCUGAAAACGUACAGCACAGUUUCUGCCUUUCUGUAAACCUCAUGUGUCUUGCUGCGCUGAGGCGUCUACCACUGAGGGCCAGCGGUGUCGGAGAACAAGAGGAAAUGUUGUGCCUACUUUGAAUGUUUGUUUGUUUUUUUCCUAAUUUAAAUCCUUGUGCCUGUUCAGCAUUUAAAACGAGAUUGGAGAAAUGACCACAGCUACACUUCUUGUCCACCUUUGCCAGAGGCAGCAUCAGCAGCAGCAAAAGUUUCUCAAGGGUUCAGAGGGGACAUCCCAGCAAUCUGAUAAAUAUGUGAACUUGGUUGGACAGGCCAGAAAGGUGGCACCCAGAUGGGCAUGGCAGAGAGGUCAUGGCUAACCCAAGUAAACGCUGACCACUGGGCAUUGUGUUGUCUUUGUGGGAUAAUUCAGCCACCUAAAUGUGCCAAGUUCUGAGCUUCUAACGCAAGUCCAUAACACCUUCCUUGGCCAGCCGUGACAUUGGUUGGGCAGGUUGUAUUUGAACCAUUGUGGUGCACACUUAGUACAUUUACUUUUUAUUGUCGCUAAAAAGUAUUGGAGCUGAUUAACAAUUGACAUUGUUUUUGUUUGGCUCAUUUAGCCAAUCACCAGUGCCCUACCAUUUUCUCAUAAAGCACCAUCUUGAAAUUCACAUUGACAAAAAGAAAUGGGACAUCACAAAUGGCAGCUGGCAAUUUCCACAGCACUUGAACGCAGCAGUUAUUGUAUUUUUGUGUAUUUAUUUGUUACACUGAUCUCUCCGGGUGGUUAUUUAGCAGUGGGCAUAUAAGGACUAACUACUGUGGUACCAUGUUUUGCUGUCUAUUGUCGUCUUUAGUCCAACUUUGAACUUUAAUUAUAUUGCCUUCUGUUGUUAAAUACCAUGUUGUUUUUGUCAAAAAUCCGUAACUUACAGUGCAGCUGGAGGAAAAUCAGACAGAGCAGCAGGCCUCUUUACGUUUGGUGUUCACCUUGGGUAUGUCCUCAUCACUCCAGCUUAGAAGAGCCAUCGACGUGCUGACUUAGCUGGGCGUACACACUAGCGUUAGACCGGUACUCCCGUUUUGACUUUGGUAUCGAUACCAGUCUUUGGACCUCCACAUUGUGACCAGAAGGGUUCAGAAGUAAAUAACAGACAACUCCACACGCCUACAUCUUACUCCUGCCUUCAUGGAAUGCCAUAUUAUGUGCGGUGGUAGCUGUGAAGUCCAGAUUGCAUUAUUGUGUCAAAUCCCAAAAACGCUGCCACCCUUCUGGUUCAAAAUAGCGUUUUUUUUGGUACUUUCCAGCACCGGUAGGUUAUAUAACCUUAGUACACACCUGACUUGAUUUAAAACUGUUGACUUUAAACGGAUCUGGAAAAACGAAGGCUGCCACUCCAAAGUCUUCAGACCCCUUCAUGUUUGUUUUUGUUAUGUUGUAACCUUGUGCUGAAAGCCAUUUCAAUUCGUUUUUUUUUCUCAUUAGACAACACGCCGUAUCCCAGAAUGGCAAAGCGAAAACAGGAUUUCAGGAUUUUUUGAGAAUUUAUUAACAAUUAGCCACGGUCAAAUAAAGGUAAUUGAAUAAUUUAAAAAUAUCUUAUCUCUUGCCCAUCGUGUACUUUCAGCGCCUUUCCUCUAUUCACGCGUGUUUGAAGGUCUUCACCGGUGCGCCCUGUUUUGUUCCUGUAAAGCCCGCAUCCCAGACUCUCAUUU